AUGGCAUCCAUCCCGAAGCUUUCCACCCUCAUCACCUGGGCUCUGUACUUCAUCCCCAUAUACCUCUUCAUCGUCGACCCCUUCCUACGCGGCUUCUUCCCAAGCCUCCUCCCAAGUGACGACAACGACCUCUUCGACGAAAGCGGCGCCCCAGGACCGGGCAUCAACCUCACCGACGACAGCUUCAUCAGCCCCGAAGAUGGCGUCCCAUUCCACUGCCCAGACGCCGAAGGCUACCGCGUGCACCUACUCUCGCGCACCCCCUUAAUCAUGUACAUCGAGAACUUCGUAUCCGAGACCGAAGCAAACCACAUCCUGGACAUGAGGUACACUCCCUCGAUCGUCUACGACGGCCAGACCGAACGCGUGGACCCCUCCAAACGCCUCUCCGACCGUGCUUUGCUCCCUCGCGACGACACAGUGCGCUGUCUGGAGGAUCGCGCCCGCGCUUUCCAGGGCUGGCGCCCGAACCUCUACGUCGAGCGCAUGUGGGCCCAGCGCUACAAUGCCUCCGGCCACUACCGGCAUCACUAUGACUGGGCGGGAUCGCUGGCGCGAGGUGGGGAUCGCCUGAGUACGUUUAUGGUUUAUCUGGAUGCGGACUGCGAGGGCGGGGGCACGAAUUUCCCGCGGCUGAAGAUGCCGGCUGGGAAGGGGUGGUGUCGGUUUUUGGAGUGUGAGUCCCAGGAGGAGGGCAUUACCUUCAAGCCGAUUAAGGGGAAUGCGGUCUUUUGGGAGAAUCUUCGGGCCGAUGGAACGGGGUAUCCGGAGACAUGGCACGCUGCGUUCCCAGUCACCAAGGGGACGAAGGUUGGGUUGAAUAUCUGGAGUUGGUACCAGCCUAAAUGGAAGUAUCGGUGA